UUGUGGGCACCUUUGGGGACGACCUGGCCCAGUUGCCUUUCCUGACCAUGUGCAUCAAGGAGAGUCUGCGGUUGCACCCCCCGGUCACAUCCAUCUUCCGCUGCUCUACCCAGGACGUCUUGCUCCCAGAUGGCCGGGUCAUCCCCAAAGGUGUUGUCUGCCUCGUUAGUAUUUUCGGGAUCCACCACAACCCAUCCGUGUGGCCAGACCCUGAGGUAUACAAUCCUUUCCGCUUUGACCCAGAAAACAUCAAGGAAAGGUCUUCCCUGGCUUUUAUUCCCUUCUCCGCGGGACCCAGGUGAGGUGGGGAUGAGGUGGUGAGGGCAGGGGCCUGGGCCUGAGAUCC